UUUCUUUGGUGUGAUGACUUCUUUGAUUUUAGCUUUUACUAUAAUUUUAGUGACUUUAUUUCCAGCAUGCUCUCCGGGAACAUAUACUGGCCUCGGCUACAAAUUCUCUAUUGACAAAAUACAAAUGGAAAAAGCUCCUUUGAAGACGUUUGUAACAAAUUUAAGGUACCCUUUUGAAGAUCACACCAUCACUACACGAGACGGAUAUGUUCUUACUUACCAUCGAGUGGCAGCAUCAUCUCCCGAGGUGGAAGGUAAAAGGAAGGAAGAAGCUCACAGACAUCCUGUUCUCCUUGUACACGGUAUCCUACAAUCCUCAGCGUUCUACCUGGCAAUACCACAAGGACUGGCGUACAGGUUGGCAGACGCUGGGUUCGAUGUAUGGGUGGCAAACCACAGAGGCAAUCCUUACUCAAAGGCUCACCUGAACCUCAACCCGACGUUGAAUUCAAAGUAUUGGCAGUUCAGCUUUGACGAGAUGGGAAAAUUUGACUUACCCGCAGCUGUUGACUAUAUUCUUAAGAAAACUAAUAAGAAGACUCUUUCUUACAUAGGGUUUUCCAUGGGAACCACAAUGUUCUGGACGUUCGCCCACUAUUGGCCGGAUUACAUGACCAAGAUAGAUCGUAUGAUAGCAAUGGCUCCAAUCGCUAUACCUAACUCACUCAGUGUUGUCAUAAGUAAAUUCCAAAAUGGAGCAGUGAAUUCCAUUCUAAGGUCCCUCAACAUGUUGAAUUUUUAUGAGUUUCGACCGGAUUACAGAAGAUUUGCGUUCAUAGCUCGAUCCCCGUGUAGUGGUCCGGAAACAAAGAAAGGUUGGUUAUGUAGGGGGAUUGUUAAGUUGGUUUGUUUGUUAACCGGCAUGGAACAAGAUCUUUUAAGUUACAAGGACAUGUUAAGUACACUGGAUUUCAUGUCUGCUGUAAAUAAUCUCCAACAAUAA